AUGUCACUUGCUAAAGCAUUGAACAAUGCCCGCCAAGCUGGCAAGGGACUCCAAGGACUUCAUUUGAAGUACCUUGAGGCCUAUGCAGAGCAGGCUUCGACUCCUUCCCUGAACGAUGCUGUUUUGUUCCUGGACCUGUUGCGCCAGGGCCGGUCUACCCUGCACAGCAAAGCUCCUGGGACAUUGAAGCGCUAUGAGGCGGAGUGCCUGCGGCAUGAAGGCUACAUCAAGUUCCGCAGCCAGUUCGUGGAGGGCCAUGAGUUUGACCAGCCAUCGAGCACGAUGCUGGUGCGCAUCUAUAGCAACCUACGUAGGAUGAACCUCCACAGCGACGCGGAGAAGCUCUGGCCGCGUGUUUAUUCAUUUGCAACAGCAGGCCCCAUGCCCCGGGUUGACCUUUUGCGCAUUUGGGCAACCUGUCCACCUGCAGAGCUUCCAAAGCUAGAUGCAACACUGGGCAAGGCUUUAGGCAAUGCUGACAGCUUGACAUCAUGGCAACUCCUGAGUGCAUUGUCCCGCUCUGGUGCGCUUCCACCUCGCUCUGCCACCUUAAAAGCUUGCUUGGAUCACUUGUGGAAGAUGGUCAAGGAAUUCCAGGCGAACCCCGAGGACAUUGCCAAGAUGCUGGCACGCCUGCACCUGGCAUCCAAAAGCGAGGGUGCAGGCAUAGAGCCAGAGAUCCUUGAUAAGAUCAAAAAGGAGCUGGUGGCAACCAGCCCUACACUUGAUGUAGACUCUCUUUGCAGCCUGCUCCCGGUCAUAGAGAGCAGCGAUGAGACUCUGUGGGUCUUUGUCAGGGACCAGCUUCUCCAGAAAAAGCGGAUGCCGCUGCAAAAUAGCCUCGACGUCUUGGAAUUUCUAAAUCGGGUACCUGGCAAGAAAGGUGCUCAGAAGCUGCGCUUGUUCGUCGAAGUCAAUUUAGAGAUGAAGCUUUCGAAAGCAGCACAGUCGGACCCAAGCGAUGUUGCUAGAAUCUCCAGGCACCUUCAUGUGGUGGCUUCUUCAGGCAAGAUUUGCCAAGGUUUGCUCAAUACGGCCAUCAAUAUGCGCAAGGACCUAUACCCGGUAGUACUUUGGCUACUUUUCAUGCGGACAGGUGAAGCUGGCUUGGCUCAGAAGCACCCGGAGUUGCUCGUAAAGUUCGACCGUGUUGGAGAGAUCCUGGAGUCGCAUGGGAUUCCAGAAGGCCGCAUGUCCAUGAUGGAGAUGCUCAAGUCAGUCCGCGCGAUGCGGCAAAACCAAGUCAAGAUGCCCAAAUGUGUGGAGCAGAUUGUCCAGCAUUUCCUCCGCAUCCUGCAGCAGGCCCAGGAGCAUGUGGGAGGCCAUUUGGCAGCCGAGGCAAGCCAAGAGGCCUCGGGGCUUGGUGCAGCUAUGGGAAAGCCUUUGCUGGACAAUGCUGGAGAGGAUGAGGCCGUCCAAGAUGAGAGCCUUGAGGCCCAGCGGCUUGGUGCUGCUGCGAAAAAGCCUCCGCUGGAUGAUGCUCGUGAGGGUCAGCCUGAGGAGACAGCUGAUGAGGAGACAGCUGAUCAGGGGCUUGAGGUGCAACAAGACCAGGAUGCGAGCGACACAAAAUCUGACCCUUCCACCGUCAAACGGAAAGAUUUGCUGGCAGAAGUGCAGCACCUGGUCCUCUUGUUGUGGGCCGAGCUGGAGCAACAAGCGCUCGAGAACAGCGAGUUGUCCGCUGCUGCGCGGGAUGUUUGCGAGCCUGAGCGAUGCAAGCUGGAUGUCAGGAGAAUAGCAGAAUGUUUGGUGGAGCUUUCGGCUUUGGAGACCGCGUCAAUUCUUUGCGAAAAGCUCCACGCCACCUUCCUGGAGAGUUUGCCGGCACUGGCUGGCUCGGAACUCCUUGAGCUCACGGCAAAGGUGAGCUUCGAUGUGCAAGCAGCUGCCAUGGCAGUCCAGGAGCUGGACAAGCGAGUGAUGGAAGACAGGCUGUCAGUCUCUGACUCUGCGGACGUGGAUUAUUUGAUCCAAUGCGCUUCGAAUCUGAAGCGGGCCGCGCGGGCUGAACGGGCUGGUGAUGUGGAAGUGGUGCAGGAGCAGAUGAUCAAGGUGUGUAAGCUCCUUCUUGAGCACAUGCCAGAGAAGCCUGAGAAGGUCCAGGAGGUGAUGUCUGUCGUUUGUGCGGCCUUGGCAGAUUUGGGCUUGGAAGAGCCCAUUUUCAACUCCAUGCUCUACAAGGGACUCCGCGUCCUGGCAAGGAAUCCUGAACCUUGCGAUGGGAUGGUAGAGCUGCUCUUUUCUCUUGCUGGGCUGCAUGGUGGCAAGCUGCCGUUCAACAUGCUUGCAUACGCGUGGGUCUUGGCUACCCACUGUGCAGCCGAGGUGAAAUCUGCUGAGUCUUGUGCGAAGCUCUGGGCUUUGGCCUUGGCUGCACGGCAUUUGUCAUCCAAAACCGCGUGGACCAACUUGAGGCUUGCGCCAAACGCUGCAGCAUUGGAUAGGUCUGUGUUCCCACCGAAGGACAGCAAACUCCCAGCAUUUGGGCUGGAAGGAAAUCGACAGACGCAGGAGCUACAGGACCAUCUCCGUCUGGCGCUCGCGUCUGCGCUGCCGGCGCAGCUCAGCGAGGAACAGCUCCAGGUGCCUGGUACGCCCUUUGUGGUGGACUUUGGUUUUGAGAGGCUGUGCUUGGGUAUUGUGGUGCCCAGGGCAGCCCACAAAACCUCUGGCAACAAGCUCACGGGCCAUGCGCGGCUAAUGGAAGCCACCCUCAAGGCCAUGGGCUGGCGAGUUCUGUGGGCAUGGCCAGACGAACUGGCUGGACUUUGUCAAGAAACUCCAGACGAUUCAGUUGUGGCAGCCCUCAGAUCUGCCAUCGAAGAAGGCAAAAGCAUCAGUGCGGCGCGGAGAGCGGCAGGUGUUGGCCAGGAGGUAGAACAAUCCGCAGAGCCAAUGGAAGAAGCAAGUGAUUCUGAUGGCUAG